AUGUAUGGGCGGGACCUUGAUGCUGUGGCUCCACCUCCAGGUCACUACUGUGCAGACUGUGACCCUCAGCUCCAGGUACAUGUGAGGAGAUCAACAGCCAAUCCAUCUUCUACCUGGACAGAGCUGACCUGUCACAGCAAGUGUCAGCUCCCUGAUCAUCUUUCCUACAUUUGGUUCAAUAACAAUAAACCUGUUGGACGAAGAAAAUACUUUCACCUCCGACACGUUGAUGCUGAAGACAGCUAUCACUGUGCUAUAGAAGGACAGGAGCGUUUCCCUUCUCCCACAGUGUACGCUCCAAAGCCUCCCUCUGUGUCAGUGAGUCCCUCUGGUGAGAUCAUGGAGGGCAGCUCGGUGACUCUGACCUGCAGCAGUGAUGCUAACCCAGCAGCUCACUACACCUGGUACAAGGGGAACCGAGCUCUGCUUCAAGGACCAGAGGGCAUUUAUCGUCUCUCCUCCAUCAGCUCUGGGGACAGCGGGGUCUACUCCUGCAAGUCUGAGAAUCAGUACGGAUUCAACUCCAGGUCUUUACAGUUAGACGUCCGGUAUGCUCCAAAGCCUCCCUCUGUGUCAGCGAGUCCCUCUGGUGAGAUCAUGGAGGGCAGCUCGGUGACUCUGACCUGCAGCAGUGAUGCUAACCCAGCAGCUCACUACACCUGGUCCAAGGAGGACGAGGACUCACCAACAGCAUCAGGACAAAACUUCACCAUCACUAAUAUCACAGCUGAACAUGGUGGAAAGUAUCAGUGUGAGGCCCAGAACACACACGGACGUAGUUACACCACCUUCCAUCUGACUGUUGGAGCAGGGAAGUCAGUGAUAAUCAUGAAUACCAUCAGGUGCACUCUGGUGGUCGUGCUGGUUCCAGUGCUGGUCUGGACUCUGUGGACGAGGAUGAAGAAAACUCUGAGCUUGAAAUCAGAAGUGAAUGAAGCUGUGGAGAUGAUAGAGUUGGACAACUGUCCUGAGGAUGAGAACAUUGCUGCUGCAGCACAGACAGAAGACACCGAGGAGCAGGAAGACCUGGUGUGAAGCCUCAGGUCAGAGCCACUGGGACAAACACAACCAAGAUGGACGACUUCAGAGAACAUCCGUACGAGCGAGUUUUACAGAAAACAUAGUGUGUAGUUAUUAAAUACAGGAAAUCUGUCCAAGCAGCAAAAUAUCUGAGUGUAAGCGCAGAG